AGAAAUUCAUAAACAUGAUGGGCUGAGGCAUCAUCUCCUAAAACUUGUCAGGGUUUUGCUCUUGCUCUUUGCACCGAAGAGCUGUUACAAACUUCCCUGGGAGAAAUCUCCUUCUAAUCUCUAUCCUAAAACUAAUCACAGUGGUUUCUCCUCCAUGCCAGCUGCGUCCUUCACAACAGCAGGGAUCUUCCUCCUCCUCCUCAUGUUUUGCCUGCUUUUUCUAGAACUUACCUAAUUACUGGAUUCCUCUGCUGUUGCUUCCCUGACCAAGGUUACUGAUUGCUGCAGUUCCAUCCAGGAAUGGUGAAUUCAAACUGGGAAUGCUGGAGGGGGGGCAAGACCUUCAGAGAUGAGGCUUUGCCAUUGUUUUGCACGUCUGUGUCCUGCUGGAGUGUAGGACAGAGCAUCACAUCCAGGUCACCUUGUCCCCUGUGUGCUGGCUGCCAGGAUGUGGUGCCAGAGGCUGGCCUGGCUGCUCCAGGGGUGCCAGGGGAGCCCUGGGCAUCGCUGGCCACGGCUGCCCCGAGCCCCCAGGCCCAUCCUGGCUGUCCCAGCUCGCUGCCACCCCGCUGCACCAGCGUCCCCCCCCUGCGCCUGGCAGCUGCACCAGGACCAUCUCGCUGCUGUGCUCCCCUCCCUGGCAGAGCUGAGCUACGGCAGCACCGUGAUGCGCCUGGAUUUCGUCUGGCUGCGGGACCACUGCCGCUCUGCCUCCUGCUACAACGCCAAGACCAGCCAGCGCAGCCUGGACACGGCCAGCGUGGACCUGGCCAUCCAGCCCCGGGCUGUCAGGGUGGAUGGGAGCACACUCUUCCUCACCUGGCCGGAUGGACACGUGACACGCUACGGGCUGGAGUGGCUGGCCAAGAACAGCUACGAGGGGCAGAAGCAGCAGGUGGUGCACCCCAGGAUCCUCUGGAAUGCUGAGAUCUACCAGCAAGCCCAGGUCCCCUCCAUCGACUGCCAGCGCUUCCUGCAGACAGACGAGGGGCUGAAGGAAUUCCUGCAGAGCUUCCUGUUGUAUGGCAUUGCUUUUGUGGAGAAUGUCACUCCCACCAAAGAGCACACGGAAAUCGUGGCCAAGAGGAUCAGCAUCAUCAGGGAGACCAUUUAUGGCAGGAUGUGGUACUUCACCUCUGACUUCUCCCGGGGGGACACAGCCUACACCAAGCUGGCCCUGGACCGGCACACGGACACCACCUACUUCCAGGAGCCCUGUGGCAUCCAGGUGUUCCACUGCCUGAAGCACGAGGGCACGGGCGGGCGCACCCUGCUGGUGGACGGGUUCCAUGCAGCCGAGCAGGUGCGGCUGCAGGCCCCGGAGCACUUCGAGCUGCUGGCCAAGGUGCCCCUCAGGCACGAGUACGUGGAGAAGGUGGGCGGCUGCCACAACCACAUGAUCGGAGUGGGGCCCCUGCUCAACGUCUACCCCUGGAACAACGAGCUUUACCUCAUCAGGUACAACAACUACGACCGUGCGGUGAUCAACACCGUGCCCCACCCCGUGGUGCGCCGCUGGUACCACGCCCACCGCGCCCUCACCGCCGAGCUGCGCCGGCCCCGCAACGAGCUCUGGGUCAAGCUGAAGCCGGGCAAGGCCCUGUUUGUGGAUAACUGGCGAGUGCUGCACGGCCGGGAGGCGUUCACGGGCUACCGGCAGCUCUGCGGCUGCUACCUGACCCGGGACGACGUGCUGAGCACCGCCCGCCUGCUGGGGCUGCAGGCCUAGCCCGGCCUGCAGGGAGCCAGGAGCCCCCAGGCUGCUGCUGGGAGAGCCAGGAGCC